CCAGCCAUUGUAAGGAACAUCCACCAGAGGCUGGUGUCCCAUGACACUGUGGAUGCCAGGCUGCAAAUUGACAUUGUGAGGCUGGCUGAAGAGCACCCUCCUGACGUGGUGCUGACCCUCCUGCGCUGUGCCCCAACGUGUGACAGAGCUGCUGAGAUGAUGUGGAAAACCAUAGGAUCAGUGGGACCAGCAGUGGAGAAAGUGCUGCCAACACUGCUGUGUGUGAUGGAGGACUGGCCUGUGCACAGCGCAUCCACCUCCGAUGGGGAUGACACAGAUGUUUCUGCCCUGGCUGCAACUCUGGUGAUCUGGGUGAUUGUCCAGGUGCCCGAGUGCCACGAGGGCAUACUCCCUCAUUCUUCCCGCCUGUUUGUGGCUCUGCUCUUCCAUAUUGUCAUCACAGCAAAGAGGAUGCCACCAGCAGAAGCUGGGCACUUCUGGAAAGCAUGUCGCAAAGAACAUCGCCUUACCAUCAACCCCAGCAGGUUUGCAGUGCAGACCAUGAAGGCUCUGCUCUACCGACUGCAGUGUGACAAUGAGGUGAUGGCUAUGGAGCGCAAGCGUGGCUGGGACACGCUGCUGACUGCUCGCACCCAGCACUAUGCCGUGGGUCUGCUGGCCAGGGAUAUGUGCCAUGUCUUGACCUCCAUGUUUUCCCAUGUCGCAUACCGCCUUCUCCUUGUGCUCAGCUGUGAAAAGCCAAGGUGGGAUCUGCCCUUCCUGGCAUUCCUUGUGGAGGUCCUCGAGUGCCUGGACUGGAACAAAUGUGCUCACACUGUCCUGAAGAUCAUGUCAAGUUGCCUGCACAGCAAAUGCAGGGAGCAGCGUCGCCUGGCGCUCAGAGGCCUCGUGGUGCUCAGCAAGGAUCCCUCGAUGGUGAGAAGGGGCAGCGGCUGA